GCAGUCAGUACUGCAGAUCGACUCGGCGUAAUGCCCGAUGGCUGGCGAUGUCUUCGUCUACACUCUUUUCUCAUUACUCGCCGCCACCACCACAGCUUCGCGAUCUUGGGGUGUCAGCUCUUACCAUCCAAAACCUUGCAUCUUUCAGGGUCAUGUAACGACCCGAGGCGAUUGGUACGGAUUUUUAGCAAAUAUUACCAUCGGACGUAGUGGAAGAGUUUUGUUCGAUUUUCGUUUCCCGGCAAAUCAUUGCUGUCCAACAGUGUUAUUUUAUACUGACGAUCAAGUCCAUGGAUUGGCUAAGGAUAUGACCUGUUAUUCAAAGAAAAAAAAGGCCGGAGCUCUCAAGGAUCAUCCACUUCAUCUUUCUCCUCGCUUUGUUUACUCGGGAUGUUUCAAAGAGAAAAAAUUUGGUAGUGUUGAUAUGUACGUUUGUAAAGGUGGUAUAUCAUUAGACCCCAACCCUCCUGUAGAGUCAAUGGAAACUAGGUAUUAUAUUGCCGUAUCGCAUUGUGCCGAUGAUAAAUCCGGUCUCAACUUGCGUUACGAACUUAAUGUUGAGGGUCAUGUAGCAAAAUGCAGAAAUGGCCAUCAUCCAACUACUUUAAAUCCUCCUUUAAGACACCCAUCCAGCGUUGACAGACUACAUUCGGUCAAAGGCGGUCAAAAGGAUGAGAAAAACAUUUGCGUAAUUAAAGGCGUUCUUAAUACGACGGCCAGUUGGUAUGGAUGGUUAGCGAAUUUCACGGUGGACAGAAACGGAGGAUUUCGUUUUUCCUUUUCAUAUCCGUAUGAUAUGCAAACUGAAAAGAUCCUUCUCUAUACGGAUGCAGAAGCUCGCAAAUUAAAAUCGGAGAUGCAGUGCCACGAAAAGACUUACGUUCUUCCCCCUGGCAGAGACGGACAACGUCAGAUAGAUUUACGGUCGGACGCCGAUUAUAAUGGCUGCAACACUGUUGAUUCUCCUCAGGGAUCAUUGGUCGUUUGUGAAAAGGAGAGGGCAUUCGAAAGGCCUGAAUCUUGGCGUAUGGCUGUUAGCAAUUGCCAUUUGAAUAAGGGAUUAUGGUUAAAUUACAAACUAGAAUUGUUUGGUUUUCGUGGUAAUCCAUGCUGCGCGUGUAGAACUCAAUUUUAUGCCAGUCUUUUUAUUCUACUUCGGCUUUUGACGUCUUUCUUCGGCUGAAGAAUUCAAAGAUGUCAGUCUUUGACUAAAUGUACGUAAAUGCACGCAUUGAGUGACUGUGAUAAUUAAACCUAUAUAUACGCAUAUACGGUAUAUAUAUAUAUAGUUUAUCCUAUAUAAUGCAUCUAACCUGAGAAAAAAAAUAACAUUUCACAACAACACAAAUAAAAAUUAAUAACAAAAUAAAAGAAGUUGGAUUGUUCCCCACUUAUUGCUUAAUAUCAAAAUAAUCCAACUCUAAUUGUUCUUUUUGACGCGACUGUUUUGUUUCUCUAUAUGGUGCCUAAAAUAAUUUAUAAAAAAAGAAACGACAAAUCCUGCACAUGCUGUACAGAAGAAUGACUCAAUAAAGAGUCUAACGGCGCUUAUAGGUUCUGUUUCCGUUCCGAAAAUAUAUAAUUUAUAUACGUAUAUAAACAUACAGUAUACUAUAAAAAAAUUGUCUGUUUUUCAAGGUAUGUCUAUAAAAUGUGCAGUGUAAAUGUAUAAAUAUAUAUUGUAUAUGCAUAGUACGUAUAUUUACGUACAAGUAUAUGUAGAUCAUCUUAAUUAAGUAACAAAAUAAGAGUACACCAACUUUUUGCCUUUUUUGUCUAGGAAAAUGUACGUUUGAUCUUGUUUUUACAGAAUUACAGUACAUAUACAUGUAUAUAUACAUAUUGUAUACACAUAUACAGUAUAUACAGUAUAUAUAUACAUUAAAAUUAUACGUAAAUUAUGCAAUUGUUUCAUUUACUAGAUACAUCUAUUUUUUUCUUUUCAACAACUUCUCUAUAUCUGCCUUCUCCUCCGCCCUUUUUCUUCUUCUUCUUCUUCUUUGUAUUUUUCUCCUAUAUAUACAAAUAUAUUUCCCUUCUACGUAUAAUUUGUAUGUAUUCAUAUGUAUAUAUUUAUAUACCGUUCAUAUAAUCGUACAUGGGUCGAACGUAGUUUUAUGUUUGUAGUGAGUGUAUAUACAAGAACUUUGUUUGAAAAUAACGAGAAUUCUUUUCCUUUUAUAAUAUAAUAUAUCGACAAUAGAAUAAAAA